UGGAGUGAAUAGCUAGAUAGUGUAGUCACGUCACCUACUGCAACCAGUGCUUCCUUCUGUACUGUGUACUCCAACAGAGAGUGGAAAGGAGCAGAAGAAUACGCACGCUCCUCUCGCACAGAUGCUCAUCUUCAUGGCUGUUUCCUCUUCUGAAGAUCAAGCCAGGAGAGCCCGUCCAAGGCCCGUUCCCAGACGGAGCUUCUCGGCUUCCGUACGCGCCUGCUUGGCUCGCAGGCUCCUUCGUUGCCCUGGCAACGGUAUCCGAAGCGAGGCGGCUUAACUGGCAGAGAAUCCAAUCUCAUUCUCACAGUGGAUGGAAGUGGGCAGAGAAAGCAGGUGGUGUUUCAAGCUGCCAGCAGGCCCUGGCACACUUGCCUGGGAGUCAGUCCUAUUUGGGAAAAGGGGACUAACGUCUGACUGGAACAUUACUAGGACUGCACUACACGCCUGUAAUCCUAAUUUCUUACUCAACCCUCAAAUCCCAGCGAAUGUAGCAGGAUUUACUUUGACAGAAGAAGACCUGAAUUUUAAUAGCAAAAAUGCAAAUGUUAAUGCCUGAACCUCAAAUUUACGUUGAAAGAACUUUGGCAAUCAUUAAGCCAGAUAUCAUCAAUAAAGAAGUAGAAAUAGAAGAUAUAAUUCUCAGAUCAGGAUUCACCAUUGUUCAGAAACGAAAGCUCCAUUUAAGCCCAGAGCAGUGUAGCAACUUCUAUGUAGAACAAUAUGGAAAAAUGUUUUUUCCUAACUUGACAGCUUAUAUGAGUUCUGGGCCUUUAAUUGCAAUGGUUCUUGCUCGGCAUAAAGCUGUCUCUUACUGGAAGGAACUGCUGGGACCCUCAAGUAGCAUAGUCGCUAAAGAAACGUAUCCUGACAGUUUAAGAGCAAUCUAUGGGACAGAUGAUCUGAGGAACGGACUGCAUGCCAGUGCCAGUUUUUCCUCAGCCGAAAGAGAAAUCCGGUUCAUGUUUCCUGAAGUGGUCAUUGAACCAAUCCCAGUUGGGCAAGCUGCUAGGGAUUACCUAAACCUUUACGUCAUUCCUACACUGCUGAAGGGACUUACAGCUCUGUGUAAGAAGAAGCCAGCAGAUCCAUUUACUUGGCUGGCUGAUUGGUUAAUUGAGCAUAAUCCCAACACACCUAAGCUGCAACAUAAUGUGAUUGUAGAGGAACCCUAAAAACGCAAUUUUAGAACUCAUUAAAAAGUGUCAAAGAUA